AUGAACUCUAGACCUGCACCUGCACCUCCGCAACCACAACCACAGCCACAACCACAAUCAAAACAACCUCAAUCUAAUCAACAGACACUUCCUUUUAGACCAGGGGAGUCGCGACCUAGUUAUUUUAAUCCGGCAAUUGAACAACAUGCAAAUCCAACCAAACUGUCUGAUUUUGUUCCUAAAGAGUACACGGAACAAGAAUAUAAGGAAAUUGAAACGAAAUUAAGUAAAUCAUUGGGUCCUGAGUAUGUUAGUUAUCGUGAAGGACCAAGUGGACAUAGAAUUCCAUACAUUGAAGGUUGGAAAGCACUCAAUUUGGCUAAUGAAAUAUUUGGGUUUAAUGGGUGGAAUUCACAAAUUAUGUCAUGUCAAGUUGAUUUUUUAGAUACACAUGGUAAUGUUGGUAAAUUUUCGCUAGGGGUAUCUAUGGUUGUCCGUCUCACACUCAAGGAUGGAACUUUUCGUGAAGAUGUAGGUUAUGGAUUUGUCAACAAUUGUAAAAGCAAAGCUACAGCAUUUGAAAAAUGCAAGAAAGAAGCACUCACAGAUGGAGUGAAACGUUGUCUUAGAUGUUUUGGUAAUCUUUUGGGUAAUUGUUUAUACGACAACACCUUGACUGCUCAAAUGAAGAAGUUGAAGGAAUUUCCGGUCGAAUUUGAUCCAGAUAAUUAUUAUCGCGAUCCAUUAUUGGUUGAAAGAGAAAGGAAGAAGAAAAUAAUCGAAAAUAAACUUGAAGAGCAAAAGAGGCAACAGGUAGACGUGUUACGGCUGGAAAAUCCAGGACAACAACAAAAUGACCAAACCGUAGUUUCUAAAGGAUUAACUACAGCUAAUGGGCCACAGAACUACCAGAACAAUGGAUCUGAUAUUGCCAAUUUAGGAACAAAUCAAGGUAAUACGAGUACAGGGCAAAUUCCGCCCCUUUCUCAUCACGCUGCAGCUUUUGUUACCCCAAAACUGCCAAGCAAAGUUGUCAGCUAUGUUCCUACGAGUAAAGAAGUUGAGGAAUUGGAUGAUUCAUUUAUGUUUAGUGAUGAUAUUUUAGAUGGAGAAUCACAAAGUGCUUACCAUCCACCGGAAAUUCGGGAUCAGGGACUAAAACAACAAGAGAAGGAAGUAGCUAUAGCAAAUAAUGAAAAAUCUGAACGACAACUCCAAAACGAGUCUGUUCGAGUUAACCAAAAUCCCCCUGUGGUUGUGAAUGCUUUUGUAAAUGCAAAGUCAGCUGAGGUAUUACAACAAUCGCCAAGUGUUGAAGCAGCGACCAAAAGCAUUGUCCAAUUUGAUCCCAAAUUUGUCUCUCCCAAUAUGAGAAGAACUGUUGAUCCCACAAAAUCUGCACCAAUUAAACGAAGUGAAGUCAGAAACGGUGCCCCUACGACACCGUCGCCAUUAGGUGUAAACAUUUCCAGUAAUAGAAUUAAUAAACCCAUGAUAGCAUCAAAUAAUAAUAAUAAUAUCAACAAUAUGGGUAAGAGAAUUGGAAUGCCUCCUCAACUAAGGUCAAAUAAACGAGGUAAUCUAGGUAAAAGUCCUUCUCCAGGUGUACCGCAUGCUGUUUCCACUUCUGUUAAUGGUACAAAUGGUGUUGCAAAUGUUGGACAUAGUUCUACAACAGCAACCACAACUGUUGACCAAUAA